UACGUGCAUGUUACUGUCCCAAACGCCCGGAAGAUAGGUAGGGGAGAAUAGCCGGAAGAAAGCCCCACUUCAAGCAUGGCUAAUUGUUGCCUUCAUGGUUCAUGGAUUUUGUCCUGCCUCCUCUCGGGGAUGUGGUCGUUCGCGAUCCUCGCCCGAUCAAGUGCUGGUGGCUACUAUGCCCCGGCUUCUGCAGGAUUCAAGCCGACCACAUGGGCCCUUGCCCAUGCCACCUUCUACGGGGACGAGUCUGCUUCCUCGACGACAGGAGGAGCGUGUGGAUAUGGAAAUGUGUUCUCCAAUGGGUAUGGAACGAGCACGGUGGCAUUGAGCUCCACCAUGUUCAAGGACGGGUAUGGCUGCGGGACUUGCUACCAGAUCAAGUGUGUGCAGUCGAACGCAUGCAUAAAGGGUGUCCCCUUCACGACGGUGACCGCCACAAACCUCUGCCCGCCAAAUUAUUCCCAGGACUCGAAUAAUGGCGGGUGGUGCAAUCCGCCCCGGGUCCAUUUCGACAUGUCCAAGCCUGCCUUCAUGAAGAUCGCUCAGUGGAAGGCCGGAAUCAUCCCUGUCAUGUACAGGAGGGUACUGUGUGUGAGGACCGGUGGGAUCCGGUUCCAGUUCCAGGGCAACGGGUACUGGCUGCUGGUGUACGUGAUGAACGUUGGCGGGGGAGGUGACAUAGCUACCAUGUGGGUUAAGGGGACCAAGACGGGGUGGAUGAGCAUGAGCCACAACUGGGGAGCCUCCUACCAGGCAUUUGCAUCGCUUGGGGGACAGGCCCUGUCCUUCAAGCUCACUUCCUACACCACCAGACAGAUCAUUGUCGCUUACAAUGUUGCUCCUUCCAAUUGGCGCGCAGGGAUGACUUACCAGGCUAAUGUUAACUUCAAGUGA